CGUUUAAUCCACCUUGUUUGGAUCUCACUACCUUGUUGACUUGCCUCCCAUAUGACCCCUCCUCAGCUCAUGCAAGAAAAAGCCUUAAUGCGGCUAGCACGCCUUACUAAGUGCGCAAUGCUAUUCCCGACUACCUACCAUACGUAUGCAUACUAUAUUACGGAAUCUAGCUUGCAGGGCCUUUACGAAACGUUUCUGUCUAUUAUCUAUGUACUACUGACCGCUGGAGUACCAUAAUGCUAUUCCCGACUACCCACAAACCAUACGUAUGCAUACUAUAUUAC